AACAGGCUUAUUGACAAAAUUGUGAGAGAAAAGUAUUUUCAUUCCUAUCAAGAAAAUGAAAUAUAUGAGGCAUUAUGACUACGAGAUCAGAUGACCAUUACUUGUUUAGAGUCCAUUUUGAAACUCAAUGUACCAGCAUGCAUGGUGUCCCCCUCUCUCUCUUGAGUAUACAAAGGACCAUUAGCCCUUUGUGCCCCCAAUACCGCCUAUGAAUUCAACUCUUAUAACCUCAGUGGACAAUGUGUUAUGAAACUACUUCUCUAAUAGGAGGUAACUUGUCUAAAAACAGCGACAGUCAGGUUAUUAUAGCAUCAGGUGGUUUUUAAACUCUUGAAUCACCUAGCCACAAUCGUUUGUUUUCAAGAAUCUCCCGACCGUCUUUAAAAGACAAAACCAUGGAACUUAUCAAGAAGCGUCUUCAAGAGAAUGGCAUCACUUCAGUGCGUUUUGAGCAAUCCGAUAUGUACGGGAUCCCACACUGCAGAGCCAUUCCAACUAGGCAUUUUGAGAAGAUGGCGACGAAAGGAAUAAACAUCUGCAUGGGUUACAUGGCUUUUGAUCCAAGGGGGCGUAUCGCCCCGAAUAGUGGGUAUGGCGAGGAAAUUCACUACGCUGAUUGUCUGGCCUUUCCAGAUCUGGAUACCUUUCAGAUAUUGCCUUGGUGUACGAAGACAGCAAGGGUCUUGAUCGAAGGUGUCCAUGAAGGCGAGAAGGUACCUGUCUAUCCAAGGGUUGUAGCCAGGAAGCAGUUAGAAAGGUUGGAGAAACACGGGUUGUCGCUUUGGUCGGCUCACGAACACGAGUUCUUUGUAGUCAAAGAAGGCACCAUGGAAUCUUUACACGGAUAUACAAAUUCCACAGCGGUUAUUCCUAUGGCAGCUUACGAACCAUUCUUCCAGCAGAUACUCAAUGACCUGCCUCCGGCUGGUGUCGAUAUUGAGUGCUACGGGGUCGAAUCCGAUGUGGGACAGCUGGAAAUCACCUACCGCCCAGAGUUCGGGAUCAAGGCUGCAGACACAGCUCACACCUACAAGAUUGGUAUCAAAGAGAUUGCUCAGAAGCAAGGAUUGGUGGCAUCAUUUAUGACAAAGCCUUUUCCUGGAAGAUCUAGCUGUUCGGCUCACUACUGUCAUUCCCUCUGGGACGUAGCUGGGAAGGUGCCAAUGCUCUACGAUGCUAGAAGCCCGACUGGUUUAUCAGAGAUUGGCCAACACUGGGUGGCAGGACUCAUGGCUCACGCCAGAGCAAUAGCUGUGUUGAUGGCACCAACGACCAAUUGCCUCAAGAGAUUCAAACGCUAUUCCCUCGCACCAUGGAACGCCACAUGGGGUCCUGACAACAGAUCCUGCGCCUUUCGCGUUAAAACGAACGGUGGAAGUGGCACAUACAUUGAAAACCGGAUGGGAGCAAGUGGUUGUAGUCCUUACAUUAGCAUGGCUGCAACAAUUGCGGCUGGAUUAGAUGGAGUCAUCAAUAAACUUCCACUUCCAGAAGGGAUUGACGGACCAGGGGAUGCAUACAAGGAUGAAUAUAUUCCACCCGGGACACAGAAGCUCCCAGACAACAUGGAAGAAGCGAUUGAAGCCUUGCUGACCGAUGCUGCUAUCACAGAUGCCCUCGGACCAGAAUUCAUCAAGUGUUUUGUUGCGUCUAAAAGGCACGAUAUGAAACUUGAAAAGGAGGCAAUUUCAAAAGGAACUGUUGAGGAAUGGGAAAGGGAUUAUUUAUUUCACAUCAUGUAAGAGAAAAGGGAUUGGUACGCCUGUCUUGCCUGUUGAUUCAAGUUAACAGUCUUUGACAUCAUAUACUUUACCCCUCGGAGCCAAUUAAAUUUGACUAUUGAUUUAUGUUAGGACCCGAAAAGUCUUUGGUCGGGAUCAAGUUGGCCGACGGCACCCUUUGAAAUGUUCUUUGGUUGGAAUAAAUUUACCACCAACUAAUCCAUUGAAAGAGGUAAUUUAAGACGUCUAAGUAUUGCCCCCCUAAAAAAAAAGUGGAAACGGGCUAGGUGGUCGGAAAGGGGCAGACGACGCCCCUCCAAAAACGCAACUCCGGUAGGAUUCAACUGAAAAACAUUAUGGCAUCAACGUUUCGUCAUAUCUUGGCGCCUACUACCCUUAUCAAAAACUUUCUGGUGCCACCCUGUCUAAAAUAGACCCCGUCCCUAUACAGACCUGCGGUAAGAUCCCUCAGAAAGGCGACAUGAUAGAUAAUGUCCCUGAAUGUUUAUGCUCUAUAACCUUCGUUCUGCCAAAAUGCUGUUUUAUAGAAAUUUUCAUUAGUUAAGUCGUACCCUAUAUUAUAUUUUGCAUAUGCUAUCAUAGGAAAAUUAUAACUUCAUUUAAAGUAUGAUAUUGGAAAAAAAUAAUGGAGAUUAAUCAAUAUAUUUAAUAUUUGGGAGCACUCGGAUUGCGAGUGAGUUGCAAAAAGAUUUUACAAAAAAGCCUUAAAGUCAGAGUAACGACCAUUUAAAAGUUUUUCAAUGGUGCUGCUUUUUAUAUUAUAGAAUUUGACAAAGUAUUGCAAACGCUGGCUGUGCCGGUCGACAAUUUUUUUUUUGGUAAUGGCUGUGUCUUAUGUGAAAUUCAUCAAUUUUAAAAUGUAUUCUACCAGAAUCAUAUAACAGGAACACUGUCUUGUUCUAAAGGAAAAGGGGCACCCAGGGGCGGAUCCAGCCUUCGCCAAUAGGGGGGGGGGGCCGGAAUUUUUUUUCAGCCAUAUUUUCCCAGAUCGGCCGCUCGAAGAUGAUUUUUAGUUUCUUUGAAGGGGUAGUCCUAAUAGUCACUUCUUAGCUUUAUUCUUAUGAAACAACAUAAAUAUAUAAUAUCAUAAUUCUUAUUUACAUAAUGCGAGCGCGAAGCGCGAGCUAAUUUUUUUUUGAAAUAUUAAUGUAUUUUUUCCUAAAAUUUGAACCUGAAAAAGAUGUGUAUGCAACUAAAUAAUUACUACAAACGCGAAGCGCGAGAAGAAAUGUACUGAUGGAAAAGGUAUCUGUUGAAGACUGCAUGCAGUUAUUCAUGAAGACGUUACAUAUUAGAAAAAUAAAAUAAUGCGAGCGCGAAGCGCGAGCUGAAAUUUUUUGACAUUUUUACCUAAAGAAUGGAA